AUGUUAUCGAGAAAUAAGAAGAAAGGCUUACUAGCAGGCAGGCGCGCUUUGUCCUCGCAGAAUAAACAAAAAGUACUGAAGCCUUUGAGGGCUCGCCAACUAAUCCGCAGGUUCCACGUGCUACUCAAAAAUAAAACCCAAUUGACCAAGAGAUUGGAAAAGAUAUGGAAGUGCAAAAUCGAGUCUGAUCCAGCCAGAUAUAUCAAAGAACACAACCCUGAUCUGUUUGAACGAUUUGAGCAAGCGAGAAUUCAUACAUUAGAAACAUUAUUAGUCAACAAGCCUCCGCCAUCAACUGUCAUUAACACCAACUCGUUCCAACUCGAUCGGAUUUGUGAGGAGCUAGGAAGAAUAGAAGGAGAAAUAGAGAAACGAGGGGGUUUGGAAGUCUAUCAAGCUGCAUCUGUCCAGGGCCAAAGCUCCCAGAGAGGUGGCGACUCGUCCAAGAAGCUGGUGGAGUGGCUCAAAGACUUAGGCUAUAACAAAGACAAUGCCGUGGCUCUCGAGAUUGGAUGUUUGAACUCGAGAAAUCUCGUAUCGACAUGCGGACUCUUUUCAAAGGUAGUGAAAAUAGAUCUUCAUUCGCAGGAGCCAGAUAUAUUGGAGCAGGAUUUUAUGGAACGUCCUCUCCCCAAGAGCGCAGCCGAGCAGUUUGAUCUGAUCUCGUGUUCGCUAGUUGUGAAUUUUGUGCCAGAUCCACACCUAAGAGGUCAAAUGAUGCACCGAAUAACUCAGUUUCUGAAACCACACUCGCAAAAACCUUAUUUAUUUUUCGUGCUACCAUUACCAUGUAUUGUCAAUUCUCGCUAUUUCGACGAAAAUAGGUUAUCGGAGCUAAUGGGAGCACUUGGUUUUAAGUGUAUUAGACACUACCAGUCGCACAAACUCGCAUACUACCUCUACCAAUGGGAACGAAGGGUGAGCGAAAAACUCAACUUUCCCAAAAAAGAGCUUCAUAAAGGAACGAAGAGAAAUAAUUUUUGUAUUGUUAUGAGUUGA